AUGGCUUCAACAAGCAGCUCGAGAGUUUGUUCUCUUGGAUGGAGCUGGGACGUUUUUUUGAGCUUUAGAGGUGAAGACACUCGCUUCACUUUUACAGAUCAUCUUCAUUCCGCUUUGGGUCAGAAGGGCAUCCGCACCUUCAGAGACGAUGAAGGACUUGGCAUAGGGGAAGAGAUCGGAUCAUCACUCUUGAAGGCUAUUGAAGAAUCGAGGAUGUAUGUUGUGACGGGAAGUUUUGGAGAAGCAUUUAAUAAAUACCAGGAGGUCCCGAAGGAUAAGGUGAUGGGAUGGAAGGCGGCGUUGAGGGAUGCAGCCAAUUUGUCUGGAUGGCAUGUCCAGGAUGGAUUGUGGGAUCCUGAUGAUGUUUAUCAUGUAUUGACAACAAAUACACGUCUUCCAAAGUUACAAGUCAUCAAUCUCAGUAACUCCCAACACCUUGUGGAAUGUCCAAACUUGUCUUCCGCACCACUUGUGGAGCGGCUAAUUCUUGAUGGUUGUACAAGUUUGCUUGAGGUGCACCCAUCACUUACAAAGCUGAAGAGGCUUACUAUCUUGAAUAUGAAAAACUGCAAAAUGCUUCACCAUUUUCCAAGCAUCACUCGAUUGGAAUCAAUUAAAGUUCUUAACUUCUCUGGCUGCUCAAAACUUGACAAGUUUCCAGAGAUCCAAGGGUAUAUGAAAUAUUUGUUGGAGCUUAAUUUGGAAGGGACUGCUAUUGUAGAAAUUCCCUCUUCAGUGGUGUUUCUCCCAAGACUUGUUUUAUUGGAUACGCAAAACUGGAAAAACCUUAUGAUUCUUCCAAGCAACAUUUAUUCUUUGAAAUCCUUGGCAACUCUGGUGCUUUCUGGCUGUUCAGGUCUACAGAGGUUUCCAGAAGUCAUGGAGGUUAUGAAACGUUUACAAAAGCUUCUUUUAGAUGGAACAUCUAUAGAAGAGUUGCCCCCCUCAAUUGUUCAUCUAAAAGACCUUCAGUUAUUGAGUCUGAGAAAAUGCAAAAACCUCAGGAGUCUUCCAAAUAGCAUUUGCAGUUUGAUAUCCCUUGAAAUCCUCAUUGUCUCUGGCUGUUCAAAACUCAGCAAAUUGCCAGAGGACCUGGGGAGUUUGCGAUUCUUGAUGAAACUUCAAGCUGAUGGAACUGCUAUAACUCAACCACCUCUCUCACUUUUUCAUUUGAGAAACCUUAAAGAGUUAUCCUUUAGGGGUUGUAAAGGAUCAACAUCUAACUCCUGGAUUUUAUCCCUUCUAUUCAGGUUACUGCAUAGAGAAAAUUCAGAAGGGAUUGGUUUGCAGUUGCCUUAUUUGUCAGGAUUAUACUCCUUAAAAUGUCUAGAUCUUAGUGGCUGCAAUCUAACAGAUGGAUCAAUCAAUGACAAUCUUGGCCACUUACGCUUCUUAGAAGAAUUAAACCUUAGCAGAAACAAUUUGGUUACGGUACCUGCGGAGGUGAAUAGACUUUCUAAUCUAAGGGUCCUUUCUGUGAAUCAGUGCAAAAGCCUUCAAGAAAUUUCCGAGUUCCCACCAAGUAUAAAAUUAUUAGAUGCUGGGGAUUGCAUAUCCCUUGAGUCUUUAUCAGUUCUAUCUCCACAGUCGCCACAGUACCUAUCGUCUUCCUCUUGCCUUCGUCCUGUAACUUUCAAACUGCCGAAUUGCUUUGCAUUAGCUCAGGAUAAUGUGGCAACUAUACUGGAGAGACUUCAUCAGAACUUUCUUCCAGAAAUUGAAUACAGUAUUGUUCUUCCUGGAAGUACAAUUCCGGAGUGGUUCCAGCAUUUGAGCAUCGGACCCUCAGUAACGUUAGAGCUGCCUCCAAAUUGGCAUAACAAUGACUUCCUGGGUUUUGCUCUAUGCUCUGUGUUCUCACUUGAGGAGGACGAAAUCAUUCAAGGCCCUGGUCAUCAGAUUUAUUGUAAUUUUGAAUUUAGAGAAGGGCCUUAUUUGAGUAGCUCCAUCUCUUGGACACACAGCGGAGGCAGAGUGGUUGAGACUGAUCACAUGUGGCUGGUGUAUCAACCGAGUGCUCAACUUAUGAUACCAAAGUGCAGUAGCCUCUAUAAAUUCAGGAAGAUUACAGCUUAUUUUAGUCUCUCUGGGGAAUCCCAUGUGAUGAAAAACUGUGGAAUCCAUCUUAUAUACGCCCGAGAUAAGAAAGUGAGCCAUCAAACAUGGUAUACUAGUGCCAAGAGAAGCAGUGAUUGA